AUGCCAAUUAAAAAGAAGGUCCACCCCGAGAAUCCCGAAUGGACUUGUUUCGAGCAGAGCGCCCUCCUAGACGUCAAGAACUUUUUUGGUCUUGAAAACACAGUGGAAAAGAUCGCCAUGAAACAGUAUGCCUCCAACGUUGCCAAGGGUAAAGAGUUAAUUGAAUUAUUCAUGAAGGAGGUUAUCCAGGAAGGAAUAACGGAACUGUACCCCUGGUCACACGAUGACCCGGAAUACAAUCAAGAACUCCGGCGAAUACUCUCAAGAGGAAAAGAACCGUUGUCGCCGAGACCAGUCCUUCAGUCCAAAAAACACACGCCAGCAGGUUCCGACGAAGCUAUUUCCCUACCUACGACAACGGAGAUUAAAGAUAUUAAAAACAAAGUGUUUAAAGAAAGCGAUAGCGACAAACCCUCAUUACCUCCAAGCAUUGAGCAAAACGGCGCCGAUUUAAGCAUGCCAGCGACUAGUUCCACUGCCUCACGAAACUCAGUCCCGGAAACCAAGAAAUCGAAAUCUAGCUGGCUAAAAAACCAGAACGCCUGGCGGAAGACACAGAAGAAUACUUCAUCAUCUAGAUUUGAUUCUACUCCUGCGCGAAGAACGCGUUCGAAUCAUAAUAGCUCGAACAACUCGACUCAGCACAUAUUUGAAGAUAGCACUCCUGAUAGUAGCAGUAUCAGUAGGCCAUGUUACUGCGAGCAGACGAUGGUCGACCUCUUGAACAGGUGGGACAAUCUCUUGAUGCUGCUCGUCUGUGCGAUGGUCAUUCUAAUCAUCAUGUCGUCAUCAGCUUAUUUCAAAAGAGACAGACACAUGUAA